AUGCAAGCGAUCAAAUGUGUCGUCGUCGGUGACGGAGCUGUCGGUAAGACGUGUCUCCUCAUCUCGUACACGACGAAUGCAUUCCCCGGAGAGUAUAUCCCAACGGUCUUCGACAACUAUUCAGCAAACGUGAUGGUAGACGGACGGCCGAUAAACCUUGGACUUUGGGAUACAGCUGGACAAGAAGAUUACGAUCGACUCCGCCCACUGUCCUACCCACAAACCGACGUGUUUCUCGUGUGUUUCGCCCUGAACAAUCCAGCGAGUUUCGAGAAUGUUCGUGCGAAAUGGUAUCCAGAAGUGUCACAUCAUUGUCCGAAUACGCCGAUCAUCCUUGUCGGAACGAAAGCUGAUUUGAGAGAGGAUCGCGACACUGUUGAGAGACUCCGCGAACGCCGCCUCCAACCAGUCAGUCAAACGCAGGGAUAUGUGAUGGCGAAGGAGAUCAAAGCAGUCAAAUAUCUUGAGUGUUCCGCCCUGACACAACGUGGUCUGAAACAAGUCUUCGACGAAGCGAUCCGUGCCGUCCUCACGCCGCCACAAAGAGCAAAGAAGAGCAAGUGUACUGUACUCUAG